AUGUUCUAUCGAUACCUUCUACUAUUGAUUAUAUUUGAUUUUAUUCAACAAUUUAUUGUUGGUACUGCCACUGCUAUUACCACAAAUACAUGGAAUUGUUCAUUUAUUAAUAGAGAACCAUUUUCAUUGUUUUAUCGUGAACAUAAAAUAAAUAAUGAUAAUAAUGAAUAUUUAGAAAAUCAAUGUCAAAUAACAAUUGACUAUGAUAGUGAUAAUAAAUGGAAUAGAUGUGAUAAAUUAUGGAUAAAUAAUAAUAAUAAUAAUAAUAACAAAAAAUCUAUUAAUUUAAAUCAAAUAAUAGUCAAUUUAAUUCAAACAACAAAUAUAAAACUAAAACGAAUUAUAGCCAUUAAACUUUUUUCAUGUUCAAUAAACAAUAUGGAUGAUUUAUUAUUAAUAAAUAAAAGAAAUUAUAUAAAAAAUUUAAUAUCAACAAUUGAAUAUCUCGAUUUAACACACAAUAAUAUUCGAAAAUUAUCAUCAUUAUCAUUAUUUCCACAAUUAAAAUAUCUUUAUCUAGAUUAUAAUCAUAUUGAACAAGAUGAUUCAAUUGAUAGUAAAAAUAUGAACAAUAAUUUAAUUAGUCUCAGUUUACGUGGAAAUAAAAAUUUAGUUUUUACUAAUAGUCAAUUUUUUAGUUUUUAUUCAAAAUUAACCAUGUUAGAUAUAAGUGAUUGUAAUUUAAAAUUAUUACCUAAAACAUUAUUUGAAAAUUUAACAAAAUUAAAUUAUUUAUCAUUAAAAAAUAAUUUUCUUGAUCAUUUACCUAUAUUACCCGAUAAAUUAGAUUAUCUUGAUCUUUCUUAUAAUAAAUUUAAUCAUAUUGAUUUAAUAAUUUUAAAAUUAAAUAAUUUACAUACACUUCAUUUAAAAUAUAAUCAAAUACGUUCAUUAGAAUUUCUUAAAUAUCAUCAACAACAACAUUCCAAUGAACAUAUAAAUAAUACAAUUGAUCAAGAUAAUAACGUCUAUUCACACUAUUUACGUCUAUCGUUACAUGGUAAUCCUUUACUAUGUGAUUGUUGGAUGACAAAUUUUUAUGAUAAUUAUUAUGGUGGCGAUAGUGGCAAUGAAUUAGACAACAAUAAACCAUAUCAAAAUCAAAUAAUCAUAAGUGAUUUAGAAAUAUUAAAAUGUCAAUUAAUUUUACCAUAUAACAAUAAUAAAAUAUCAUCAAUAUUGACCUAUAAAUUAUUUUCUGAAUUAGAAAAAUCUGAUCUUUUAUGUUCAUAUGAUCAAUAUUGUUUUAUUGAUUGUUCAUGUUGUGAUUUUGUUGCAUGUGAUUGUAAUAAUAUUUGUCCAAAUGAUUGUUCAUGUUAUCAUAAUAUAAAUUGGUCUAGAAAUAUUGUUAAUUGUUCACAAGCAAAUUUAACUGAUAUACCACAAUUAUUACCAGAAAAAGUAACAGAAUUAUCUUAUGAAUCAAAUAAUAUUCAAACAAUUAAAUCCUAUGUAUUUGUAGGAAAAACAUCAUUAUUAUCAUUAAAUUUAGCUCAUAAUAAUUUAACUCAUUUUGAUAAUAAUACAUUUUGUACUAUACCAAAUUUAGAAUAUCUUGAUUUAACUCAUAAUCCAAUUAUAUUAGAUAAUUUUGAUAUAUUUAAAUGUUUAGAACAUUUACAUGUUAUUAUAUUAUCACAUGAACAAUUAAAAAAUCAAACAAAUACAUUAUUACCUUAUCCAUGGAAUAUUUAUUCAACAAAUCAAUAUUUAAAUUUAUUUCGACUAUCAUCAAAUAUUACAACAUUGUCUAAACGAAUUAUUUCACUUUAUAAUUUUACAAAUCAACUUCAAAUUAAUAAUAAUGUUAAACGUGAACGUACAGCUAAUAAAGAAAUACUAACAACAAAUCCAUUCGUUGCUUAUUCAUCAUCAAUUGUCAAUCAAAAUUUAACUACUAUAUCCAAUAAUUCUGAUCGUAAACGUCUUUCUCAACCAUUUUUAUAUAAAAGUUAUUAUUCUCCAACGUUUGACACAACAAAAUGUUCGGAUAUUCUAACAACAAUAUCGUCUAUAAAUCCAAUUUCAUUUAUUCAUCAAAAUCAAACAAUAUUUUUUAUUCUAUUUUUUCUAUUAAUUUUAAUAAUGACUUGUUUAAUUCUUCUUCUAUGUCUAUCGUAUUGUACACGAAAAAAAUUAGAUAUGAAACGUCAUCAUCUAAAUAUUGAAUUACGUUCUGAUCAUCCUAUUCAUCAUAUUCCUCAAACGGGUGAUAUUCGAAUGUAUAAUACAUAUUAUAAAAAAAUAAAUCAAAAUCAAAAUAAUCAAGAUAGUUUAUAUGAACAAUUACCAUCAUCAUCGUCAGAUAAUAGUGAAAGACAAUUUUUAUCUUCGAAAAAUAUUUAUGAAAAAUAUGAAUCACCACCAUUAUGUUGUGAUCAUCAUCGAAAAUUUUUUAAACAACCUAUUCCAUCGUCUUGUAGUCAUCAUGAAUAUCAAUAUGCUUCAUUUGAACAAGAUUCUCUCUCUUCAACGCAAUUGAACAGUAUUCAUCACCCUCUUCAACAGCAGCAGCUACAACAACAACAACCACAACAACAGUGUGCUAUUUUACUAUGGGCAAACCGUUUAUUUUAUACAAUUGGCCAACAAACAAAUCGAAAUGCCAAUGAUUAUAAUCAGUCUUGUCCAAGUGAAUUACAUCAUCUACAAGUCUGUCUUCUAAACAAUAACACAAAAAAACUAGACUCAUUAAAUAGAAUAAGAACGAAUAAUAUUGCAAGAUAUUGUGACAAUGAUCAUUUAUCUCGAAAACAAAUCACACAAUCAAAAAUUCACAGAUAA